AUGGACGCGCCUGCGAUUGCGCCUGUGCCCCAGUCCCCGCCACAAUGCCUCGCAUUCAAUCCAUCGACAUUACGAAGCUCCCUCGAACCGACGGAGAAGGCAGAGUACGCCGGCCACGCAGACAACCAUAUCACCUUCCUCCAUCCAGGAUAUAGCGAUAGUUCCAAGCAGAGCGUGCUAUUGCGCCUUCAAGCAUUUGAUCGAGAAGGCGGCGGUUUGCAUUUCGGGACAGCCUUCACAGCAUGUCAGAUAGUGGCAGGAAACUGUCAGAAUGGGUUUUUUACACGCCAGCGCGGUGGUCCAAAGAUUGAGAUACAAUUUGAUGAACUUUUAAGACACAAGAUGUAUUACUUUUACAAUCCCGAUAUCGAGGAUCCGAUGUACCCUGUAUGCAAGUCCUUUAGAGACUGGAGCUUCCCGCACGAUAAUCUUCCGCCCCAGUGGUCUGCUAUGGACGCAGAAGGUACAUCUAUCGAUAAUGCACCACCCUCUGCGUCCGGCUUGGCCGCAUUUGUCGGAGCUCGAGAUAAAAGUUGUCGAGUAUCGGUAAAGAGAGGCACCGACUAUUUCGAAAGCGCCCACCUGGUUCCUCGCUCGGAGUCAGGUUGGUUUGCGGCAAAUGGGAUGGGAGAAUAUAAUCUGAGCCAAACGCUACUAGGGGAUUGGAUGCUCGACGAUGUCCGCAACGCAAUCGCCCUGCGGAGUGAUAUCCAUAUCGCGUUUGACGACCGGAAGUUUGUUAUUGUUCCAAAACAGUCGAAAUGGGUUGUUCAAUUCAUGGGUCACACAAACAGUCUCGGGGACGAUUUUCACAACACACAUAUUUAUCUCAAAGGCAUCUCCCCCGAAUUCUUAUACGCCCGCUUUGCAUGGACAAUCUUCCCUUUCCUAUCAUCAUUUCUCAACGCACACAUCACGAGGGCAUUGCUGGUUCGUCUUCCCGACGGCCAAGAAAUGGCGAAACAGGUUACCUUCGAGGAGAUAAAAGCGCAAUCUCUGUCGAGGAGUCGAAGCGUCAGUCCCAGAAAGCGCCAGAUGACCAUUUCCGAUGGAGGACAGCACACAACGAAGCGAUUUUGCCUUGAUGAUAGAUUUGGGGGCACUAGUCGACAAGGCACCCCAGCUCACACCCUGUUGACAUAUACAGAUACUUCUCUGCCGAGUGUGAGCUCACCCAAAAACCUCGAACAGUCGGAUCUGGAUACGCAGACGUGGAUUCGAAGCCGCCGUCCAAGUGACCCCUCAUUAUACUGUUGCGACUAUAACAAGGCCGAGAAAGAGUCUAGAGAGGGGAUACCGGGAAAGCCGGAGUUUGGGGGUGCAUAUGUGUGUGACCAGUGUAGGGGUGUAGAAUACCGCGAGGAUAGGGAUAAGGAUGUGGAAGAUGUUUUCUUGGAUCCGGAAUGA